AUGAGGAGCUUGGUGUCAGCCCCCAUUGGAAACAAAGAGCCGGACUGUUAUUUUGCAACUGCUGUUUUUCGGCGGUAUGCUGGUGGUCCUGAUCCUGAACUUGUCUGUCCGCCUGCGCUUCAGUUGGGCGAUAAUGUGGCAGCUCUUGGAGGUGAUGUGGUCAAGGUUUCUGAGCUGAAGGAGGGCGAGUCGUCCGAGAUGAUUCGGCUGACGGCAGACAAUGCGGUUCUGGAGGUAACACCGACCCAUCGCAUCUCAGUGCCAAACAUGGGGUCCACUGGCUCAGCGCCAGCUCAGGUUCCAUCCGGCUCUGAAGCUUGCAAGAUGGCGAGGGAACUGCAGAAGGGCGACUAUGUUGUUUGCGAGGAUGAUGUGAAUAAGCAACUCACAAACGUGGAGAAGGUCCUGCUCGACAAACCAGUGAAAGUCUACAGUCCCCGCUUCACGCCGGAUCUGCCCGUCCCGGUGUUCUCUGCCCCGCCAAACACCAUCUUGUCGAAAGGCAUGCCUUCUCAGCCAAGCCGACGUGGCGGCAGCUCAUACCAAAGGAGGAAGGCAAACCGGUCAAUGUGCGAGUUUGAGACGCGCAGUAUCCCAGAAACGCACCAGGAAAUCUCCGACUGAGGCAACCCUUGUUUUUC